AUGAAGCUGACACCCAUCAAAAUCAGAGGCCGCCGCGGCCGCAAACAACCCUGGCAACCUCCAAAUCCCGAGCGCUUCAAGCGCAAGCACCUGGAUGGUGACCAGGACGAGUACGACGAGGAAACUGGAGUCAUUCCGAGUCAAGUCGACCAAAAUGGUGUCAGGCGACGACGGCGCGUCAAGACGAGAAAGCCGGCCGCUCCCAUUGAGCAGCUGCCGCCUGAAAUCCUUGAGCGUAUCUUCUCCAUGUCCGAGAACCUCAACUUUCCCAGGAGUAGUCUUCGCAUUGGCUACAUGCUUUCGGCCAGGACUUUCCUUUUGCAGUUGAUUGUCGAUGCCUUCUCCCCUACGUGGGAUAUGUGGUUUGGAUGCCCCAGGAAGGAUAUCCAGUCGUAUAGAGGCUAUGAGAAGGAUGGUGAGAGAAUGCCUGGUAAUCCAGACUUUCAGACCGCCAUCCUCUCCUCCAAAUGGUUCACUCUCUCCCUCAUCCUCCACGCCCAACAAGUCUGGAUCCGGCGUCACGGCUCUGCCUCCCGCCCCUUCAUCCACACCGAGAACUGGCUCAUGCUCGGUCCCACGCGCAUGGAACUUGACCGUGACCUCAUAUCAGGUCCUGGCCCUAGUGAAAUCCAAGACUACGACAUGGAUGAUGUCCGAGACAGCUAUCCUCAUCACCCUCACCACCGCCUGCACUUCGACGGUGACUUCUUCGACGACUCCGGUGCCUCUUCAUCUUCUCAGUCUAAUACCAAACUGGACGUGGAAACCUGCUUCGAAGCCGAUUGGUCCUGGUUCACCACCAUUCUGUACAAAUCCGACCCCCAGGCAAUUCGCUAUAGCAGGGAAAACCAUGCCUUGCGCACGGGGUAUUGGGAUAUUCACCCGGCGACUAAGAUCUCUAAUCAUUUGUUGGCGAACCCGGUUGCGAGUUGGAAUUCAGUUAAAUUGCUGUAUUGGUUGGUGAGAGGCGGCGCGACGUUAUCAAGCGAGCAAACCUGGGAACUCACAAAACUCGGCUACGAACGCCUAAUGUCCCACCCCGACCACCCCUCCCCCUCCUCUACCUCCUCUACCUCCUCUACCUCCUCCCCCCCAUAUACCCCCCAUCAUUCCACCCUCCCCACCUCCCGCCCUUACAUCCCCCACGCCAACCUUCCCCCCGACGCCCGCGAUGAUCUAGAAGAGGAACAGCAACGGGAACAAAUGUCCCUCAUCGCCCUUCGGCUUUUCUCCAUCCUGCGCGUCUUUGGCCCGAAUCACUGGCCCGCGUUCCUCAUGACCGAGAAGCUGGAAGAGAUCAGUGUGGAGCGGCAGGCGCGAACGAUGGACUCGCAGAGGCCUGGGUGGAAGCUGUGGCUGCGCGCGCAAUAUGUUUUGAGGCAUUGGGUGCAGCGGAGGGAAGAGGAAGAUUAA